ACCGAUUCCGCCUCUGGGGCUGGGAGCCUCCGCGUCUUUCUCCCGUCCCUUUGGGGCGCUUGUGGGGCAGCAGCCAUGGCUUUUCCUGGGGUCCCCCUGAUGCUGCUGGUGGGGUCGCUGGCCCGGAUCCCCGGAAGCGAAGGCGGGAAGGAGACCCCCGCCCAUUUCCUGCUCCAGGGGAAGCACGAGUGCCGCUUCCUCAAUGGGACACAGCAGGUGCGGGUCCUGGAGAGGAACUUCUACGACCGGCAGGAGAUCUAUUACUUCGACAGCGACCUCGGGAAGUUCAUGGCUGUCACUCCCUUGAUGAAGCCCUAUGUGGACAGAUUGAACAGAGAUGAGCAGUUCCUGCAGAUCAUGAAGGACUCUGUGGAUUCCAUCUGCCGGCACAACUACGAGAUUCUCCAGAGGAAUUCUGUGAUUGGCCGGAAAGCCAAGCCCACCGUCUCCAUCUCCCCCACCAAGAUGGAGCCCUCUUCCCCCAACACCAUCCUCCUCUGCACCGCGACCGGCUUUUACCCCGUGGAGAUCGAGGUCCAGUGGCUGAAGAACGGGCGGCCGGAGGAGGAGGGCGUGGCCUUUGGGGAGGAGCUCCAGAACGGAGACUGGACCUAUCAGCUCCAGGUGAUGCUGGAGACCCAGCCCCAACGGGGGGACGUCUACACUUGCAAGGUGGGGCAUGCCAGCCUGGAGGUCCCCAUCACCGUCCAGUGGGAGCCCCGUUCCUCCAGCUCUGCCAGGAGCAAACUCUGGACGGGGAUCAUGGGGGCCGUGAUAGGAGUGGCCUUCCUGGCUGUGGGGCUCUUCUCCUACCUGAAGAGCAAGAAAGCAACUCCCAUCCAACCUCCUGCAGCACUCAUGAAUUAAUCCUGCUCUCCGAUGCAAAAGGAUAUUUUUUCUUUAGUGGCUGAUGACUCUUUGUCCUGUUUGCAACCUCUGAGAAAUGGAGGCUGAAGGUUGGGAGAGGAGGAGAAUGGCAGCCUGGACCUUCUCCUGCUGAGCCCCUCCCCCCCAGCUUCCUUUCAGGGCCGCUCUUUCUUGGGAGGGAGGGGUGGAGACCAUCUAGACCAGCCAUCCUCAAACUACGGCCCGCCAAUGCAAAGUAUCUGGCCCGCGGAGUGGUGUGAUUAAGCCCCGCCCCUCACCAUGGGUCCUCUCUUCCAGGGAGCCAACUGGGAGGCCGGCUGAGGGGAGAUCUUGCCGGUGCAGCCUUGAAAAGCAGCUCUGGGCUUGUAAAGUCCUGCUUUCAAUUAAAAGUCUUUGAAAACAAUUUAAACAGGAGCUUAGGGAGGAGAAAGGCAAAUAAAUGGACUGUUAAAUUGGCCACACCCACCCUGUCACAUGACCACUUAGCCACGCCCAGGGAGCAGUCUGCCACCCCCAACAGUCUGAGGGACUGAAUCCGCCCCCUGUUCAAAAAGUUUGAGGACCCUGAUCUAGACUGUCCCCAGGGACGCUGGGCCCACCUGUCUCCCCAUCUCUCCUGGCUUUGAACCCACAGCAGCUUCAUCUACAUUAUUCGUCCUCCGAGUCACUUCCCUUCGCUUUGCUCUAAAAGAAUAAACUUUAGAAGCAGGAAAGCCUGGAAUCCUCCCUUCCUUCCUCUUCAUCCUCCUCCUCCUCUUUCCUGCCGUCACAGGAGGCUCCUCCCUCCGCUUCCUCUGGAUCCACCAUCCUGGCUACUUCGGGUCCGAAGGCAGAAGUGGUUCGGGAGGAGGGUGGGCAGAUCUGGGGAGGGGAAGAGGUGGGACCCCCCUCCUGCUUGGAGGCCCCCUUGCUCUGUUUCCCCUCAAGCCCCCUUUGGAGGACCAGAAUGCAAGCAGGCACAGUCCUCCCCAAGCACUUGUGGGGAGCCCUUUGGGGGAGCAUCUCAGACUCCCCCCGCAUUCACCCAGCCAUUUGAGCCAUUUGUCUCCUUCACAACCAGAGGGUCCUCCUCCGUUUUGGCACCCAACGACUCCUUCCCUCCCUCUCUCCCUCUUUGGGGCUCAGAUUCUAAUGGUUUAUAGGGUCUCCUCUGUUCGAUGGUAUAAAUGGUCAAGCAGGGGUUGGACUAGAUGACCUCCAAGAAAUUCACCUUCAGCCAUUCCUGGUUUGCCCCGGAGGGGAAGACCAGUUCUGGGGGAAAGUGGGGGGGUUCAAUGGAGCAGCCCUGAAUGGAAGACCCCUCCCUUCUCCCCAGCAUCCCCAGUUGACCCUGGGCAGCCCUCCAACUGAGCCUCCCCCCCUCAGAGCUCAUCCAGACUGGCUCUGCAGGACUUUCACAGAGUUUCCCCCUCCCCUCCCUCAUCUGGGGUCUUGGGGCCACCGCAGGAAGACUUGGCCAGGGCCGGAUUUUCCUAUAGGCUAACUAGGCUUCAGCCUAGGGCCUCAAGAUCAAGAGGGGCCUACACAGUGGUGGGAUUCUGGGGGUUCUAGGGGGUUCUGCCGAACCCUUUGUUAAAUUGCUGGCUCGCCCACCCCUCGCCUCCCACCCGCGCGGCCCCAGCCUACCGUAGCCAGGGGUGGGCAACUGUGGCCCUUUUACAACCUGUGGACUUCAACUUCCAGAAUUCCUGAGACAGCUUGGCUGCCUCAGGAAUUCUGGGAGUUGAAGGCCACAGGUUGUGAAAGAGCCACAAUUGCCCACCCCUUCCCUAGCCUGAGUUCCGCUGCCUGGGAUCCAUGUGGGCUGCCACGUGGUUCCCCACCGGCUCCGGACGCAAGAGAGCAGGAUGGAGAAAGCAGCUUCCACGCCUUCGCUCACCCUCACUCUCUGCUCUGUUGGAUCACCGGCCGUUCGCUUACCCCGCCCACUCCCCAUCUAUUGCUGCCUCCGAUGGCUAGAGGGAAAAAAAACUUCAAAUUCUUGCAUGCGGGGCUUCAAAGGGCCGCCCUAGAGCCAGUGGUGCAGCCGAACCCUUUGUUAAAUUGCUGGCUUGCCCCGCCCCUCCGCACCACUAUUUAUUGCCAAUAAAUAGUGGUGGGCGAGGGGCGGGGGAGCCAGCUAUUUAACAAAGGGUUCGGUGUUUUUUUUGUAAUUUUAUUGGCCCCCGGAGCUUCAGCAGAGGCUAAUUGGCCUCCCGGCUCUCAGCUGAUUUGUCUCAGCUGUUUUGCUCAGGGCUCUUCUGCUUCCUUGCAAAGAGUGCUGAUUUUUUUUCCCCCUAGCUAUGCUGAGAAACGAAACUGAAACUGCUUUGCUGUUGCUGCAAGGUUGGAAAAUUAGGCAGGCAGAAUUAUUUUCUUUUUCCUCACCAAAAAAGGUAGGUGCAAACAAUGGGAAAUUUAGGGAAAAAGAGGAGAGUUCAGAAUUUUAAAACACAAAAGAAAAAAAGCUCUAUUUAACUAGGGAAUUGUAAUAAUUGAGAUACUAUUAAUUGUAUAUUUCUGAAAGCAGAAAUGGUUAAGUUGUGGUUUGGAGGAAUAUAUGGGGGAAAUUAUUUGGUUUAUUAUUAUUGGUAAAUAUAAUUAAUGGAUUUGUAAGAAAUUGGAUUGCAUGGAAAUAAUUGGAAUAUUCAUGUUCAUAUUGAUUAAUAUACAAAAAAGGUAGUUAUAUAACUAAUUGAUUUAUAUUAAAAUGUUGAAUUUAUAUUAAACAACUAAUAUUACAUAAUUAACCAAUGUGAGGAUGGAUAUAAAAAUAGAUGACAAUGGGAAGGGGUAUAAUAUAGAACAGAAGGGAAAAAUUGAAUUUGAUUAAGAUUAGAGAUGAGGAUGAAGGGUAAUAUUGGUUUUUUACAAAAAUAGAUGAGGAAUAAAUAUGGCAAAAAGGAAAUAUAGAAAUUGUAAAUUUAAUUGAAAUGACUAAACACUGUUUAAAUUUGUGAACCGGCCAAAUACUCUGUUCAAAGAAAAUACAUUGUAUGUUUGUAGGUGUGUUUCUAA